UACAUUAGACUGUACAUACAUUUCAAAAAAAAUUUACUGGUUAAAUAAUAAUACUUUUUUGUUUUGUUUUUAUUAAAAAUAUUACUAAAUAAUUUAGAAUUAGUAGAAAAAUAUUUUCGUUGUUGCAACACUGAACAACACAUGUCAAAUUCAAAAUGGCUUCGAAACAACAAAGUGUUGGCGGGACCCGGAACUUACAACUAACUCGCGCCCAUAAGAUCUUGGCUUUGGUACCCGCUCAAAACGCAUGCUCUGACGAUAGUUCCACAUCUGAUGAGGAAGCAAAUGCUUAUAUACCGCCUUCACCAGAUACCUCUGAUCCACCUUCAAUAGCAUCAUCACUAAAUUAUCAAUGGUUAAAAGCAGUAUUUCGUCACAAUGUAUCUCUUGAAGAAAACUUAUACAAUCUCCAUCAAACACAAAUAGAGACAGUACUGGAUUAUUUUUAUUUCUUUUUUUCUCCUGACUUAAUUACUGACAUUGUUUAUAAUACAAAUUUAUAUGCAGUUGAACAACUAGGUCGAUCUAUUCAGCUGACAGAAGAUGAGAUUAAAAGCUUCCUGGCCAUUCAAAUCAUGAUGGGUAUAGUACAGAUGCCAGCUUAUACUGACUAUUGGGCAAGAAAAACAAGAUACCCUCUCAUUGCUGAUCUUAUGCCUCUCAAAAAGUAUCAACAAAUACGUCGAUAUAUUCAUUUUGUUGAUAAUACUUUGCAAGAUUCAGACCGUUAUUUCAAGAUUCGCCCCCUAAUGGAGAAAAUACGCAAAAAUUUUCUGAAAAUUGAAGAAGAAGGAAAAUAUUCCAUUGACGAGAUGAUGAUACCUUAUAAAGGUCGUAAAGCAGGUAAACGAAAGCAGUACAUAAAAAUGAAACCUAAGAAAUGGGGGUUUAAGAAUUUUGUCCGUGCGGGUGUUUCGGGUAUCAUCUACGAUUUUAUUCUGUAUGUUGGCGACGAUACCUUUCGUGGACUGACUUUUUCAGAGAAAGAAGCUACAAUUGGUUUAGGAGGUAUGGUAGUGCUUGCAUUGUGUCAAACUAUAAAGAAAAAGCCGGCCAUUGUGUAUGCUGAUAACUUUUUUAUGUCGCCUGAACUAACAUAUAUUCUGCGGGAAGAAUACGGGAUCCUUAGUCUAGGAACAAUAAGGACUAAUCGUCUCAGAGGCUGUCAAGAGUUAUUGCCAACUGACAAACAAUUAAAAAGAAGAAACGCGGUUCUAGCGCCCAGGUGGUUUGCAAUAAGAAUAAGUUGGCAGUCGUAAAGUGGAACGACAAUAAAGUGGUUACACUUAUUAGCACCUACAUAGACUCGUACCCCUUAGAAACAAUCAAACGAUACGAUAAGGAUGAGAAAAAGAAAGUAGAUGUAGAAUGUCCUCAAGUGGUCAAACAUUACAACAAACAUAUGGGAGGGGUCGAUUUAGCAGAUAUGUUGAUAUCGUUAUAUAGAACUCCCUUCAAAAGUCACCGUUGGUACUUGGGAAUAUUUUCACAACUUGUUGAUAUGUGUAUAAAUAACGCUUGGCUCCUACAUAGAAGAGAUGGGAAGAAGACUUCAUUGAAAGAUUUCAGAUUUGAAUUGUUUGAUGGGUUGUCUAAGUCUAAUAGAAUAGGAACAAACCAAAACGUUACAGACGAUAUAGGCGAGAAUCUGAAAAUCCAUAAACCAGUCUCAGUCCGACCAACUGAUAGCGUCAGAUUUGAUAACACAGGUCAUCUUCCAGAAGCAGGUAAUGAAACAAUGCGUUGCAAAUAUUGUAAGAGUGGAAGAACAUCUGUCUACUGUAUAAAAUGUAACGUACAUUUGUGUUUUGUUGUGGGAAAAAUAAAACGUAAUUGCUUUCGUAAUUUUCACCUAAAAUAAUAAAGAAUAAUUUAAAUA